CGGAAGUUGGGCACGCCCCCGCUUCCGGCCGCUGCUGGGCCUAGCCCGGAGCGUCCCUCGGAGGCGGCGGCAGCGAUGGACAGCGAAUUCUCGGACGCGGAGGCGGCCCCGGGAGGGGAGGAGAACGCGCCGGUUUAUUGCGUGUGCCGCAAGCCGGACAUCAACUGCUUCAUGAUCGGCUGCGACAACUGCAACGAGUGGUUCCAUGGGGACUGCAUCAACAUCACCGAGCGCAUGGCCAAGGCCAUCCGCGAGUGGUACUGCCGGCAGUGCCGCGCUGACCCCUCUGUGACCCCCCCCCCAGAGAAGGACCCGUCCCUGGAGAUCCGGUACCGGCACAAGAAGUGGCGGGAGAAGGAGCACGAGGGGGCCAAGGGGCAGGAGCUGGAGCAGGGCCGGGCUGCCAAGAUCAAGCGCUCGGCCCGCAUGUGCGGGGAGUGCGAGGCGUGCCGGCGCCCCGAGGACUGCGGGCAGUGCGACUUCUGCCGGGACAUGAAGAAAUUCGGGGGCCCCAACAAGAUCCGCCAGAAGUGCCGGCUGCGGCAGUGCCAGCUGCGGGCGCGGGAGUCCUACAAGUACUUCCCCACCUCGCUGGCCCGGGGGCGCGAGGGGGACCUGGAGCUGCUGAAGGCGCAGCUGGGGGGGCCGGGGCCCCCCGAGAGCCUCUCGGACGAGGAGCUGCCCCUCGACCCCCGGCUCUACCAGGAGCUCUGCGCCGGCGCCUUCGACGAGCAUGGCCUGCCCUGGCUCAGUGACGCCGAGGACGCGCCGUUCCUGGACCCCGUCCUGCGCAAACGCGCCGUGAAGGUCAAACACGUCAAACGCCGCGAGAAGAAGUCGGACAAGAAGAAGGAGGAGCGCUACAAGCGGCACCGGCAGCGGGCGCGGCACCGCGAGCGCCGCGGGCACCCCGAGCGCGCCGACGCCCGCGACCCCGCGGGGCUGGGCCAGUGCCUGGGCCCCGGCUGCACCCGCCCCGCGCGCCCGCCCUCCAAGUACUGCAGCGAGGCCUGCGGCAUCAAACUGGCUGCCAACCGGAUCUACGAGAUCCUGCCGCAGCGGAUCCAGCAGUGGCAGCAGAGCCCGUGUGUGGCGGAGGAGCACGGCAAGCGGCUGCUGGAGCGCAUCCGGCGCGAGCAGCACCAGGCGCGGCUGCGGCUGCAGGAGAUGGAGCGGCGCUUCCACGAGCUCGAGGGGCUCAUCGCCCGCGCCAAGGGGCACCCGCCCCGCGAGGACGAGGAGAGCACGGAGGGGGACAGCGAGGACACGGACCUGCAGAUCUUCUGCGUGUCCUGCGGCCACCCCAUCAACCCCAAGGUGGCCCUGCGGCACAUGGAGCGCUGCUACGCCAAGUACGAGAGCCAAACGUCCUUCGGGUCCAUGUACCCCACCCGCAUCGAGGGGGCCACUCGGCUGUUCUGUGACGUUUACAACCCCCAGAGCAAAACCUACUGCAAGAGGCUGCAGGUGCUGUGCCCCGAGCACUCCCGCGACCCCAAGGUGCCCGCGGACGAGGUGUGCGGGUGCCCGCUGGUGCGCGACGUCUUCGAGCUGACCGGGGACUUCUGCCGCGUCCCCAAGCGCAAGUGCCACCGUCACUACUGCUGGGAGAAGCUGCGCCGCGCCGAGGUGGACCUGGAGCGCGUCCGCGUGUGGUACAAGCUGGACGAGCUGUUCGAGCAGGAGCGCAAUGUGCGGGCGGCCAUGACGAACCGGGCGGGGCUGCUGGCGCUGAUGCUGCACCAGACCAUCCAGCACGACCCGCUGACCACGGACCUGCGCUCGGACCGCUGACCACGGGCCUGGCUCGGACCGCUGACCGCCCCCAGAGCCCCAAAACCCCCCCAGACCCCUCCCCACAUCCCCCCACCCUGAUUCCUGGGUGCCCCCCAUCCCCAAAUAAACCGGGUGUGCAAAAUGA